GCCUUGGUUGAGGAUGAGCUUCCUCUGCAUGGGCCGCCAUGUUUCAAAGUGAACGGUUAUUUGGGGUUUAAUUUGGCAAGGAACAGAGAUCGUUGGUUUUUGGACGAUUGGAAGGUGGUAAGAUGUUGGCUUUUUUGGUGAGGAGAUACUUGCAAACAACUGGAAAAGUUCAGAAAUUACUACAGUUUCCAAAUGAAUCAAGAAACAUCAUGCCGUCUAACUUAUUGAGCUCUUACACACAAAGAAGAAUUAUGAGCCAUCAAGCCAUCAAGUACUUGCAAAAAUCUGCAUUUUUUAGGAGUCAAACAAGCUAUUUUCAUGCAUCAUCUCAAGCAUCCAAGAUAAAGAAAGUGGAAGAACCAGAGAAACGUGAAUUAGACUUACUACGAUAUGAUUUCAGAGAAUUGAAGAACAGUCCCAAACCUGCCCUCUAUCUUUGCUGUGGUGGAUUAAUUCCUUUUGUGUCAGCUCCCCUUGUAAUGGCCAUAACAGAAACAUAUUUUCCUGAGCUAGCUUUUGCCCAAAUUGCAUAUGGAGCAGCAAUUCUCUCUUUUGUCGGAGGAAUAAGAUGGGGAUUUUCAAUUCCAGGAAGUAGUUCUGCAAAACCUGAUUGGUUGAAUCUGGGAAAUAGUGUGGUUCCUUCUUUGUUAGCCUGGAUAGCUCUACUCUUUCAUGAUAAUCUGACUGAAGCAGCAAUUUUGAUUAUCAUGGGUCUAGGUAUAGCAUUGCAUUAUGACUUAGCCUUACUCGAAGGCUAUCCAAGUUGGUUCAGAGCUCUUCGAGCAGUGCUGACUGUGGUCGCAACAUUUUCCUUGGUUGCCACAUUAUUAAUCAAAAGUACAUACCCUGAGAAAAAGCUACUGCCAGAUGAAAAAAUAAAAUCUAAAGAGUAGAGAUUUUAUCCUUUCAAAAAAGCAACAGAAAGGAUAUUAUUUAAAAAAUACUGCAAUAAAAUUGAAGCAGAGAUGCUUAUAAAUGGUGUGAUUAACAAUUAACUCACACCAUUCUAUUCAAACACUGAUCACCGUUCAAAAAUCUAGCUGUUGAAAAGUUAUUUAACUUGCAUAUUAUUCCCAUUUUUCUGUUCAAGCUGAUCAUGUAAAAGUAUCAUCAAUAUUGUGACUUAACAAAGAAAAGAUAUAACUAAUGAUGAAUCAAGGUCGUUGUGUCAAAAGCUUCUUGAUCUGUGGUUACAAUCAUCACACAAGGUUUAAGAUAUUUAUUGCUCGCUGCUUUAUGGAAACUAUCCAUAGACAUUUCAGGACUUGGUAGAGCUACAUAGAGUAGCAUUUUUGUGCAGGUUUGGUUUGUUUGCAAUAUUCCUAAUGUGAAACAACUAUCAAGUAACUAUUGAACUAAUCAAUGAAACAAAACUCAAUUAAUUCUAAGCACCUGGAGAAAUUGAUGUUCUUGGAUUGUCACCUUUGUUUUGAGUAAUAACAUAAGUUGGGCACUGGGCCAUGAUGAAUUAUUGGCUGUUUGGUAGAAGUCAACACUGUAUCCAAGAGCUUUCUAUUGCCCUACCACUGAAUAAAUGCAUCAGCAUUGCCAGCAAGUCUGCAGUUAUCACAUGUAUCGAAAUAAGUAGAGACUGCUGCUGCUGCUUCUUAAUGUGAGAAAUGUGUGGCUGAUAAACAUGACAUAUGUUGCAAGAUAAUAGGAGAGUCAUGUUAAAGGUUUUAACACUUCAAAGUUUAAUUACUCUAAAUAUACAUUUUGUACUGAAUACGACUUAGUGUGAUAAAUUGCAUAUUUAAUCUGUAUUCUGAUCUCGAAUCUGGGAGAUUGUAUUCAAAAUGUAUCAAACGAGAGUGUAUUGAUCAUUGAAAAUUAUUGGUAGCAUCUGAAAUAUUCCAGUGAAUCAGAAUGUAGAAGCAUGAGUUUGCUGUUGAAUUUUCAGGAUUCGCUACGCUUCCAUUGAGCUGAUAAGGUUAAAUAAUCUGCCGCUUAAAAGACCCUAACACAUUUACUGGCAUGGUCAUUACAUAUUUCUUUAAUUCAGCAGCAUCAGUGUAAAAAUAGCAAGUGUAACAGUUGUUGUAAAAAGAAUUUUUAAAAAUUGUAGUUUUGAUAUUUUUGAUUAAAUCCUCUUAAAAAUCAGAAGUUUGAGCUGAGUUUAUAAAAGUUUUGAGUUUGCUGUCAAGAUUGGUUAGCAAUAAAUUGCUCUCUUGUGGUGAAUCAAUUAGUCUUUAGACCACAUCAAGAAAGAAACAUCUAUCUUUGUUAAAAUUAAGGAACUUUUGAGUACAGGUUACUGUUUUAUCUUUACAAUUAAUCCACUGAAUGGAGAGAUGAAAAAACACUGUUGUACAUGUCAGUAAUGUUACACUGGAAGACCUCAUGUGAUGUUGCAUGUGAAUAAUAUGGAAGAAAUGAUGUCCAGUUGGUCAAAUAUGGUGGUGUUUCAACUUCAUCUGUUCUAAUUAGGCCAUUGCUCAAUGUCCCCUGGAGACAAGUCAUGUUUGCUUUUCCAAAUUAAUUCAGAGGAAAACUUGCUGGGCAAGCAUUUAUUUUUCUUCCCUGACUGAUCGGGAAGAAGUGUCGUGGUGAGCUGCCUUCUUGAACUGCUGCAAUCUUUGAGAAUAAAGGACACCUUUACUACUGUUAGAGAGGGAAUUCCAGGGUUUUGAUCCACUGAAAGUUAGGGAACAAUAAUACAGUUUCAUGUCAUGGUACUUUGCAAUUUGAAAGGGAAUUUGCAAGUGGUGGUGCUCCUGUGCAAUUGCUGCCCUUAUCCUAGGUGAUACAGGUCAUGAGUUGGGAAUGUGCUGUCAGAGAAGCAUUUUAUAAACAGUAUACAAUCCUCCCACUGUGAGUCAGUGGUGGGUGGGUUGCAAAUUAAGUAGGCUUUUUUGUCUUAGAUGGGGUUAAAUUUUUGUGUGGUUGGAUCUACACCCAUUCAAUCAAAUGGAGAAUAUCCCAUCACACUCCUGACUCAUGCCUUGUCGAUGGCAGACAGGUAUUAAGGGAAAGUAGGGGAUUUAAUUGCUGCGGAAUUCCUCGUCCUAGUUGUGACAGUAUUUUUAUGGCUAGUUCAAUUUCUGAUCAAUGCUUGCCCCAGAAUUUUAAUGGUGGGGAUUUAACUAGGGUAAUGACAAAGGUGAAUGGUCUGACUCUUUGUUGGACAUGGUCACUGCCUGGAUGUCACCCAGGCAUGAAUGGAGGUGAGGUCUGGAGCAGACUCAAGUCUGUUCCGACUUCUGUGAUUGAAAGGGCUGGAGUUCUGAACUUUUAUUUCUUUAUUUUUCUAAUUUAUUUUUAAGAAUCUAUAUCUUAGAUGGCCCUGUAAGCAAUGACUUUGUUAACUUUCCACUGUUUUCAUGUAAGUACUUGUGUUAAUAAACCUAAUUCUGAU